AUGAGUAGAGGGAACCAGCGAACCUUAGGCCGAACUGAACAGCAGAGGAACAAACGAGAAUACAGCAUUUCAAAGCUUACGCAUGCUAAGUUCAAAAAAAGCUUACGCAUGCUCUCCCCCGCCGCCGCCGUUGUAGCCGCCGUCCGCGCCGCGGGCGGGUCACCGACGGCCGUACGCCGCGCCCACGCGCGUCUCCUCAAGGAUGGCCUGGCGCUGCACCCUCCCGCGCCGUCCCUUCUCGUCUCCGCCUACGCCAAGUGCCGUCUCCUCCCCGACGCCCGCAGGGUGUUCGACGAAAGCCCGCGCCGGGACCUCCACCUCUACUCGUCGCUCCUCACCGCCGUCUCCAACUCCGAUGCUCCUUACCUCGUGCUCCCGAUCAUACGUCGCAUGCUCUCUGCUGACGUCCUCCAGCCCGACCACUUCGUCCUCGCCUCCAUCGCCAGCGCCUCCGCCAGGUUGCGAAGCCUCAGUCUUGGUAAGCAGCUCCAUGGACACUUCGUUGCUUCCCCGUAUAGCGGAGACGAUGUCGUCAAGUCUUCUCUGAUCGAUAUGUACUGUAAAUGUGGUUUUCCGGAUGAUGCCAGGAAGGUCUUUGAUAGUAUGAGUGCCAAGAACAACGUCGUGUGGACUGCACUUGUUUCUGGGUACGCGUCGAACGGCUAUACUGAUGAGGCGCUGGAGCUCUUCCGGAGCAUGCCUGGACGCGGCCUCUUUGCAUGGACUGCGCUCGUAUCAGGAUUUGUAAGAGCUGGCGAGAGUGUUAGCGCGGUGGAGCUGUUUGUUGAGAUGAGGCGGGAUGCCAUCACUAUUGAUGAUGCAUUUGUGUUGUCAGCUGUAACUGGUGGGGCUGCUGACCUGGCUGCGCUUGUUCUGGGUAGGCAGUUGCAUGGUUUGUCCAUGAGGCUUGGGUUCUUGUCCAGCAUGAUGGUUGGGAAUGCAUUGGUUGACAUGUACUCCAAAUGUAGCGAUAUACACUCCGCUAGAGAAGUAUUUGAAGAGAUUACAGUGCGUGAUAUCAUCUCGUGGACGACAAUGAUUGUUGGAGAGGCUCAGCAUGGUCGAGCAGGGGAGGCUUUUGCUCUUUAUGACCGGAUGAUUCUUUCAGGAGUGAAGCCCAAUGAGGUGACAUUUGUUGGGUUGAUCUACGCAUGUAGCCACGCUGGUCUUGUUCAGAAAGGUCGGCAACUGUUUGACUCAGUGAAGCGGGAGUAUGACAUCAACCCUGGAUUACAACUCUAUACAUGCUACCUAGAUCUUCUUAGUCGCUCGGGCCAUUUAUCAGAAGCUGAAGAACUCAUCACUACGAUGCCAUAUGAGCCAGAUGAAGCUGCUUGGGGGGCCCUCUUGAGCGCGUGCAAGAAACACAACGAUGCUGAAAUGUGUGUCAGGGUUGCUGAUAAUCUGUUAGAGCUGGGACCAAAAUAUCCUUCAACAUGUGUCUUGUUAUCUAAUGUCUAUGCAGUGAAUGGCAAAUGGGGGUCUGUGAGCACGGUGAGAAAACUCAUGGCUAAUAUGAAGAUAAAUAAAGAGCCUGGGUAUAGCUGGGUUGAAGUUGGAAGAGAAUCUCGUCUGUUUCAUGCUGGGGAAGUGCCGGUUGAUAUGAGAGAAGAAAUUCUAGUUUUUCUCGAGGAAUUAGUCUCGGAGAUGCGCCGAAGGGGCUAUGUCCCUGAUACCAGUUCUGUGAUGCAUGAUCUGGAGGAGCAUGAAAAGGAGCACCAUCUUUUCUUGCACAGUGAGAGGCUGGCUGUUGCCUUUGGAAUCCUCAAGUCUCUUCCGGGGUCGGUGAUCCGGGUGGUGAAGAACCUCCGGGUCUGUGGGGACUGCCAUACAGUGAUGAAGUUAAUUAGUGAAAUUUUCCAGAGGAAGAUUAUUGUGAGAGACGCUACUCGUUUCCACCAUUUUGAAGUUGGGAAGUGCUCUUGUGGUGAAUUCUGGUAG